CACGUUCCUUCCUGGUAGACCACCACCUACAGUGUGAUAGUGUGGGUACGAAUAGAUAUCGUGGUCGCCAUCGACGAGGACGACGAGCAGCAGUAGCGAUUUGCAGGCAUUGGGGAUAGCGAGACCCGGCGGGCAAGAGGAGGAGACGCAAGCCGGAGUGUGGUAAAGUUCCCACGCCUCAGAUAAUCGAGGGCGGAGCGGCGGGGCACGAAAAGCUUGCCCUUUCCCCCUCAAGACCUCCCGAAAGUUUGCCUCGGUCAGUCAACUUUGUUUAUGAACUUUACUUUUAUUUCUCGCUAAACUGACUGUGCUUCCUCCACCAUGCUUGCUCACACUCUUGCUCACACUGGCCCUGCGUUCUGCGCCGCGAUUGCUGUCCCCAUGCCACGCUUUAGUCACACAGCCCACGCGGCAUGUCCCACGACGCGCACGCUGCUUCAAGCUCUCAGAACACACCCACCAAUGCCUGGACUGAACCUCCCUGGACCGGCUGGAUCGAGACUACCGGCGAUGCCCUUCUGAUCCUCGAAGCUGCCCGUCGCGGCCUCAUCCCUCGUGUCACUCGUCGUCUCGUCGACUCUGAACGCAAGAUGAUCACCUCGGGCUCCGUCUUCGUCUUCGAUGAGGACGAGAGCGGCAUCAAGCGCUGGACAGAUGGUUUCUUCUGGAGUCCUAGUCGCAUCCUCGGCAACUUCUUGCUUUAUCGCGAGACUGAGAAGAGAGGCGCUGGCCAUCGCAGUUCGCGCGCUGACCGGGAACAUAACCCAGACGCCACUGACCCCUCAAAUUACAAUGUCGAAGGCGUCAAGUCCGAGGGGCAAACCCUCAGCAGGCCUCGUAGUGAAGCAUCCCGGUUGGGCAUCGACAGGCAACGCGAACGGAGCCUUGUCGGCAGCUUGACCAACAGUUACAAGUUCAAGCCCGGGGGUAUGAUGAAGAAGACCUUCUCGCUUACCAUUGGCGGUGUCGCUCAACAUCUCAUAUCGUACUACAAGAUUGAAGAUGUCGAGCAAGGCCGCCUUCGAUCCCCUUCAAGCUUACCGGAACUAGCGUCUCUUGAUAUAUCACCAGAGUAUCUUGACAAAACGCAUUUCCGCAACCCACCCAAGGUCGAGAUAGGUGUGGAUGGCAUACCACGAUACCGAGGAGAAGCAGAUGACAUUGAUGGCUCGCCUACACUAAUUCCCGCACCGCUCGCUCCUCAUCCAUAUCACGAAGAGCCAAGCACUUCGAGCAAGCGUGCUAGACGCUAUGACCCGUAUGGUGCGCCAACGCCGAAGCGUACACGAAAACCCAAGACUUCUGCAUCUUCAUCGCAGGACGUGGCUCACAAUGAUCCUUCAACUCAUUCAUACACGGCGACAUCUUAUCACCAUCCUUCGCCUACGUACAGCGAUGCCAGUCUGUCUGCAACUACCUCACCCCAGUAUGCAUCAUAUGGAUAUUACCAGACACAUGGUUACCAUAGUUCCUAUCCUACGCCUUAUCCUGCACCGGCUACUGUUGCAUCACCAAUUCAAACGUCUCCGUCUCCCCCAGCACCUUCUCCCCCAACGCAUACACUUCCACCUCCGGCUCACCCUCCUCCUGUCUACCCAACUUACCCUGCAGAAACAUCUGCUCCUACGCAACCAGCUGGCUAUCCAUACUAUGGAUACCCCACAUAUCCUGCCUGGUCACAACCAUAUGGUACUUAUGUACCACCAUCGCAUGGGCAGCAUACUGGUGACGCCGCAUCGGAUGGACGUCAUGCCUCGGAUGUGGUGGCAGAAGCGGAUCGUGAUGAAGACCGAUCCACUGGUGCUUGAUGGUAAUUCGUCGUUAUUCGCGCUAGGUGUGUUUGACCGCUGUACAUUAGCUUUUUGGUGCUCUACACGUACGUUCAUCCGGGUUUUAUUCUGAGCUUCCGUUUCUACGCGCUAUGUGUUUCCGACUGUGUUUUCUGCGUUCUCCUUGUUUUGGUUCUGAUAGAUACCUUCGCGAUGCCUCCUAUUUCUUUGUGUAUGCAUAUCGCUCCCGCUUUCUCUCGCGCUCUUCCAUUACGACGUCCCAGUACCGCUAUACCUGUCUAGUUCCUACUAUUUGUACUGCCCUUGAUGAUUGCCUGCCCGUGACAGACUUUCUGCUAGUUGUCCGCUGCCCGUGGAUAUAAGAAUACUUGUAUUUUAGCCUUCUUGCCUGCGAGUGUCUAUGAAAUGUUGACAUUGUCGUGCACCGGUUUCCUU